AAUGGGCGUGUUCGUUCGAACAUGAGUGAACUAAUGCUGGUUCGCUUCAGAUGUCAGUCGUCCACGCCAAUCUAUGAAGCGCUUUUUCCCUUUAAUUUCCCAGUUGUUCUCUUUAUCUGCAGGGGGAAAGUGACCAGCGAAGCUAAUAUGAAGAAUAGCUUUUUCCGUGUAGUGUUUUAUCGCUAUUUGAUCCUCAUACGUACAUCCCGUUAAGUUUUUCCGCCGGUUGUUGUAUAUUCAAGACAAGUGUUUGUUGCUGGAAAACAAAAUCUAUUCAAGUAACGAUGACAGCUGUGAAAGUUUGGCCACUGCUUCUGCUACCGUUUUCAUUGGUCUGCAUGGGGAAAGACUGUUCACUUCCUGUAUUGAAUGGCACUGUUGUCUUGUCCUCGGAAUCCAUACUGAAGAAUAGCUUCCCAGACAAUUCAAAAGCCUUUUUGGAAUGUCCUAAAGGACAAGAGAGAAAGUACGGACCGCCUUUCAUCACCUGCCUGAAUGGUGACUGGAGUGAUGUGAAAUUAAACUGCACAAAGAUUGACUGUGGUGAACCUAAAUCUUCACCACAUAUGACAUACAUAAAAAGAGAUGGAACGUUGUUUGGUGCCUACAUACAACCCGUAUGUGAGAGAGGAUAUGAUCUGGAAGGAACAGCCCACAGGCAAUGUCUUGUUUCUGGCUGGAGUGGAAAUGUUGAAUGUAUAUUGACAACAUGUGAACUUCCAGAUCCAGUUGAGCAUGGCCGCUUCAUUACACCCAAAGAUGAACCUGUGUUUAAUGAUACCAUUGAAUUUUCCUGUGAUGAAAACUACGUCCUUGUUGGAAAAAGCUCCAUUACAUGUAGUGAUUACGGGGAAUAUGAUUCACCACCUCCAAAAUGCAAAGUGACAACAUGUAAACUUCCAGAUCCAGUUGAGCAUGGCCGCUUCAUUACACCCAAAGAUGAACCUGUGUUUAAUGAUACCAUUGAAUUUUCCUGUGAUGAAAACUACGUCCUUGUUGGAAACAGCUCCAUUACAUGUAGUGAUUACGGGGAAUAUGAUUCACCACCUCCAAAAUGCAAAGUGACAACAUGUGAACUUCCAGAUCCAGUUGAGCAUGGCCGCUUCAUUGCACCCAGAGAUGAACCUGUGUUUAAUGAUGUCAUUACAUUUUCCUGUGAUGAAAACUACGUCCUUGUUGGAAACAGCUCCAUUACAUGUAGUGAUUACGGGGAAUAUGAUUCACCACCUCCAAAAUGCAAAGACAUUAUGUGCAAAUCAACUGAAUUGUCUAGAUGUUUGCACAACAUGAGAAAUGUUGAAUUGGACAAGAUUGCAAAAGCAGAUAAUGUAUUGAAUUUUUCUCCAGUCAUCAUAACAAUGAAAAAAGGUAGCACUACCACAAACAAAGUCAGAACAACAGCCUACAUCCUUUCACAUGAAAAACUUGAUGACCAGCCCACUACUUCUUUACCGAGUGGCAGUUGGAAUGUGACUCUGGCUUGGACACUUGUGACACUUGUGACACUUACUGUGGCUGUUGUUGUGCUUGCUUCUUUUUACUAUACUUCUAAACACAGAGGUUCAUACAAUACCGGCGAAGAACUGAGGACAAAAGGAGAGUUAUUACUAAAUCAGAGUGUGUGAGCUCAAGGGCAAACAAUCGGACGGCUCCUUUGCUUUAGUGCUAUUCCUGCACAUGGAUUCAUUAUUGUUCUAUUUUAUAAACUAUAUAUUGUAUUUAUUUAUAACCGCUACAAAAUGUUUUGCUUUCUGAAAUAAAAAACACAAGAUGAUAUUUUUGUAUAUUUGAAUAAAUAU